AUGAAAGUGAUCGGUUCACAUUCACUCUGGGUAUUGGCAACAUUCAUACAUGGACAGACGGAGUUUCCAGAAUUCAGUGCGGUCUUGAUGGUGGAUGAUGUUCAGCUGCAGUACUAUGACAACAGACUUCAUGUUUACCAGAAAAUGGCAGGAUGUGAGCUGAAUGAUGGCAAGCCAAGUCCAGCCAUAUCAUGGGAUGCUUACGAUGGAACAGAAGUAUUAAAAUACAAUGUGUUGAAUUACACAUACAACCCAUUAUGGCCAGAGUUAAUCUGGAGCAAAUUAAAGUUGGAGACUAUUCGAACGAUUUAUAUGGAUAAGUAUCAACCUAUUUGCAUCAAAAGAUUGAGGCAGCACCUGAAGGAAGAGGAGAAUAUUUUGAUGAGGAAAGAGUGUCCCAGGGUCAGGCUGAUCCAGAAGACAGACAAAGACACUGGAGGGGUGACACUGAGCUGUCUGGCCACUGGCUUCUAUCCCCGACACAUCAACCUGACCAUGCUGAGAGAUGGCCAGCCAAUCACAGAGCAGGAGCUGACAGUGGGGGAGGUGCUGCCCAAUGGAGACGGGACGUACCAGCUGAGGAGGAGCCUGAGUGUCAGUGAAGAGGAGCUGAGAGAGAAACACCACUACACCUGCACUGUCACUCACCUGAGUCUGGGCAACAAGCUGGACGUCAGCUGGGUGCAGUGA